AUGAAUGCCAACAAGAGCGGAGGAAAUUCGACGACAGCUUCUGUCUAUCGAUUGAUUCAGAGUCCGGCUCCGAUAUGUAUGUUCUAUUUCGCGCAUCCCUUUGGCAUAGCCUCGCCAGCCAGUGGGGCCAAACUAGCGCAGAUUCGAGAUCGCGCCACCAAGGGCAAGGCAAGUUCGCCGUCAGCUGUUGCGCCCGAAAACGGCACCAAACCAGCCAAGCCGGGACAGUGUCGGCGACACAAAUCAAAGACCGGCAAAGAGCCGUCGGUCAAGGCGCAUCGCAAGUUGAACGGUUAUUCGUGCAGUCAAGAAGCGGAAGCGAGGCUGCAGGAACCGGAAGCCAAACCGUCGGUGCGAAAGAGUAAAAAGCAUCGGAAGCAUCGCCGGAUUAGUAAUUUCGAAAAGUUCUUGCUGGAAAUACAGGAAAAUCAACACACGUGCGGUGAUGCGUUGCCAAAAAUUCGCCGCAUUGAUCAGGAAAACCGCCUAACGCGGCUCGUGCCGUGGCCGAGCAUCAUCUGGAACCGGGACUUUCUGAUGCCCCCGUUGUUGCAAGCUCUAGCCCUACAGCAUGGUCGCGAGAUACCAGAUAUCGAGCAGAUUCUGCGAACUGUUCGUUCAGCCUGGAACACACCGAAGUCGCAACGUUCCAACCUUCGGAGUCAAGACAGCCGCGAGUCGUCCUCAUCGAACUGGGACCUAUCGAGCACGUGCGAUAGUUAUUGCUGCUACCAGAACCACAGGAUGGGGGCCGGAACGUAUGCGAACGCGGCCAGUCCCGGACCGGGGCUGCUCCGACGGCGCUAUUCGGUGCCGGAGAUUAUUAUGCGCAAACACACGCUGGCGCAGCAGAAAUCCGGCGACGAGCCGCUGCUGCUGCACGACACCAACCACAACGUGAUCGAUGUGGUCAACAAGAACGUCCUGCUGGGCGCGGUGCGCGUUGGCCGGAGCCCGACCGCCGCCCUUCGAUUGGUAGGCUACCGGAAGUCGCCGGGAAUGCGACGGGCAGCGCUGGGGACGUCGGCGCUGAGCCGCACGGAGCCGGGCACGCGAAGUAGCAGCGUCGAGAGUGGCAUCGCGGCGACCGGAACGACCUCGCACGAGUGGGUCGGGACGGCACUCAUCGCCGGGACGACGGGCGGUUCGGACCCGAACCUGACGGCCUCACUCAAACACCCGCAGCCGCGACCGCAGGCGGGUCCUGCUGCGUGCGGCGGGUCGUCCCUGUGCAAUGGGCUCGGGUCGAGCCGGGCGGUGGCCACCGGCACCGGAGGUAGUUUGCGAUGUAUCAACAAUAACUCUCUCACGGGUAGUAGCUCUAGCGUCAACGGUCUGGUUGCGUGUGGGGGUGCCCCCACUGCCGCCGUGGCUGGUGUUGGUAGUGCGGCGCUCGUUGGUAUUGGCUGUGGUCACCAGCACGUUCUGGCUUCGGGAGGCGGUAUUGGUGGUGGAUUCGCGUUUCGUGAUGGCGGCAGCGGCGGUGACUUUUCGAUGCGGAAAACGACGCUCCUGCGGCGGAUGUGGAGCCGCGAGUUGCGGCGCUACGAGCGCUCGGGUAGCUGGUCGCCACCGUUGCGCCGCGCACCGCGCCGUAUCUACAGCGUGGAGAGCAUGGUGCCCGCGACGCCACCGGAAGGCGACGCAGGGUCGGGCGGCGGCGUUCGGCGGCCAUCGAGCAGUGGCGGUAGCACUAGCACCAGCAGCAACGCCAGCAGCGCAGCCGCUCGCGAUUGCGGGACGGGUGUCACGAGCGGGAACACGACGCCGGGCACGACCUCGUGUCGGGAGUGUGCCCAGCUCGAGCGUCAGUACCUCGGUGGAUACGCCGCGGACCGGACGGUCUCUCAGUGUGCUCGUGACGCGAACAACGGUGGUGAAGAAGACGGAACGACCGACGGCAUCGAUCCGACGGUCGAUGACCGACGGCGGCGGCGAGCGCGCCGGAUGUGUUCCUCGCAGGCGGCCGAUCUCGGCGAAUCGCAGCAGCAGCAGCAGCAGGCCGUGGUAUCGGGCACCGUUCCCGGUCCGACGCUCGGAAGCAGCGGUGGCAGUAGUGUGGUGAUCGAGCUCGACGACGAGGCCGACGCACCGGACGAUCUGUCGGCCAGCAGCUCCGUCUCGUCGGUCGCAUCGCAAUCGUUCCGCGAGGUCCGACCGGCGAGGGCCGAGAGUGAACUGAGCGAGUUCCUGCGCCAGGAACGGCUGCAGGCUUCCGGGUGCGAUGGGGAUGGCGGGCCGGACGGUGCGGUUGGUGGGCAAACUGCUCGUCUCGGCGCUGGUCGUCCUGGUGCUGGCGAUCAUUCUGGAGAACGUGCUCCGGCUGAUGGUGGCUCUGCAGGAGCAGGGCCGACUGGAACGGAGGCAGCCGGAGGUGUAGGCCAGCGGGCGGUGCGCAGUGACGACGAGGAGGAGGAGGAGGACGACGACGACAGUAGUGUCGGUGCGCUCAGUGCCCUCUCGAACUCCUCGGACAGUGAUACGGGCGCCAGCGAGGGCGCGGGAAGCGAAGGGGAACCUUCCACCGGGCGGGAGGAACCGGAACCCGGGGGCCACGCACCCCACGCGGUCAACGGAGGGGAGCUGGACCAGUACAUCGCGAGUCUGUUGUUGGAGAACUUGGAACCGAGCAACCCGAGCGAGGCGGCGGUGGAGCCCACCCCAGACAGCGGUCCUGAUCCGGAUCGGCAGAACAACAACGAGGCCACGGCGGUGGCGGCAACAGACGAGCCUGGGAUGGGCCGGGCCACGACACCGUCGGCUGCCGGGAUGAAGCAAAAGCUGACCGGCAAGUAUAUCGGGGGUGGCGGUGGGGUGGUCUGCAACUCGCCACCUUCGGACAAGCGAAAAGCGGCCUGCUCCCCGGCCGCGGACAAGGAGAACGCGGAAGAUGUGGCGAACAACAACAGCAACAACAACGUGAGCGGCAAGCGCGAGGAGAGAGAAGCCGGAAACCGGCAUCGACAGCGAAAACAGAAGGAAGGGGACGCACUGGAGGCGGUCGUCCGGCAUGAUCGGCAUCCGAGUGGGCAGAAGCGCCGCUCGAAGGACAACGGCUUCUACCUGACGCAGCGCGAAGGGCGCGACAAUCAGAUCGACCUGAACGGGAAGUACUAUUUUCCGGCGUACGGACUCGAGACGGACCCGUCCGACAACACGGACGUGGCGUCGGAACCGGAGCCCCAGGUCCUCGGUAAGGUGGGGACGGGCUCGACGUACGGUGGCGAGCUGGCCGCCCUGGCAAGGUCCGUGGUGGUGCCCCGGUUCUCCGCCAUGCCGCGCACCGAGUCGAUGGAGGUGCAACCGUCCACGUCGGCCGAGGACGAGGACGGGCGUGGAGGUGGGGCCGGGUCCGAGUCGGACGACGACGACAGUCUCGUGGACAGUCUGGACGGGUUUCAACCGAUGCCUGGUCCUGUCACGGCCCCGCGCAAGCGAAAGGAUGCGGCGCCCACGACGGCCACAACGGACUCCCAGACCAGCCCGGGGACCGAUCGGUCGCCGCGGCACGAGAAGGGCGAGGCGUUCUUCGUCCCGAUCCAGGACAGCGGGCGCCUGAAGCAGAUCGACGAGCGCACGCUGGUCGUGGCCGACACGAUGCCGCUCCGGAUCAAGGAGCGGCUCAACAACCGGCGCCGGCUGAUGAAGUGGAAGCAGGAGCAGGAGAGCCUGAAGAAGCAGCGCAAGAUGAUGCGCAUGAUCGAGCAGAAGCGCUUCUACGGUGCGCCCGCCAUCCAGGUGAUCAGCACGAUCGAUAAGGCGAUCAGCCGCAAGGAGUACCUGUCGCCCGCUGGCCGGAAGACCGUUUUCGGCGGCGGCCCCCGGUCCGGGGAGGCGGAUGCCGGCGGAGGGGUCACCCCAUUCCGGGCGAUGAAGCCGAAAAAGCGCACAAGCGACGGGGCGGCCGGGCUGCGGUCCGGGCUCGGUAUGCUGGAGUCGUACAAGAUCGACGGCAAAGGCAACAUGCAGAUACAGACCCCGGCCAGUGGUGGGGGCGGUUCGGCACCGAGUGGCCGACGACCGGCGGUGGCCGCCAAGAGUCCUUGGGGAACGUCGACCGAACGGCGGCCGGCGGGAGGGAAGUCGACAGGUGGGACGACCACCGCGCCGACGACGGCGACUUCCACGCUCCCAUCGUCGAAGGGUCGACCAGGAGGUGGCCGAACCCCGGCGGCCGAGGUGCGCCGGAAGCAGGUGCUGAAGGACGUGCAGCAGAUGCAGCUGUACCCGCAGGCGGACCUAACGCCCGACAUUGAGGGGGGCCCCCGGCGGGUGUACCAGAAGACGGAGAUCCAGGAGGGCGACAAGCACAUCGAGAUCCUGGAGAUUGUCGAGUGCGCGGACAGUGCGCCCCGCUCCCGUCCCGCCGUGCGGCCGGUGGUGCGCGUACGCAGUGCCGGCCGCCACGGUGGAACCUCGUCCGGCGCCGCCGCCACCAGCAGGCAUCAUUCGCGUAUCCCGGUUCCGGUGUACCGGUUCGGGCACUUCCGGCGCAGCAAUCAGUCGCGCGACGGCAGCCCGUUGGCGGGCAUCAACCCGAAGGUGGACCGAAUGAUUGCCGACCUGCUGCUGGAGGCGCUCGCCAAUCCGGACGAGAUGGGCAUCAAGUUCGUGAAGACGCCCGAAAAUCUCCGCGAGUCCUCCGGACGAUCCUCCAAACGCUCGCCGGGGGCCGCUACCGCUGGGGCGGGUUCCAAGAAGAAGUGCACGACGGCCAGCUCAUCGUCGUCGGCGGUGGCUGCUGGCAGCGCCAACACGCUAACCCCUCGCCGUACCGCCAGCGGCCGGUACAAGCAGAAGUUCGAGGUGAUCCCCGAGGAGCGGUCCAGUGUGUCGGUCGGCUCGUCGACGGAGGAACUGUCGGCGUCGUCGUCGGUGGGCCGCUCCAAGAAAGCGCACGCUUCACCACGGCGCGUCAGCUUCGACGAGAAUUACCAGAUAUUGAACGUGGACGAACUGGGAGCGAGUGCGCCACCGGCAAACUGUCCACCCGCCAAACUGUCCGUGCCGAGUCCCUCCAAACAAGUCUCGCAACCGAAGCAACCUGCUCUACCGUCGCCAUCGCCUGCCUCUUCGCCCCGGAAGGGUGCCCCCGCUGGGGUGCCGGGUCCGAAAAGUCCACACAAAGCCCCGCAGGCCCGCAGACCAGCGGCCACAGCCAAUGCCCACGGAGCAAACACCACCACCACCACCAGCCGCGGCAAGGCCGCGAUCCAGAGCGACGUCAUCGAGGAGCGGGGAUGGAUUGGGUUCAGCACCCAGCACGAGGAUAUGGCCACCCCGGUCAACGGGCAGGAAGACGAAGGGCUGUUUUCGUACGUUGCACGACUCGCUAACCACGCCGGCAUGUUGCUGUUUCGGUUUUGCUACAUUGUCCACAUCGUACUGGCACAAUGCGUAGUGAAGACAAUCACCACCGGCAACUGUGUGCCACCGGCACAGGCAAACUGGCCGUCUAUUGGCAACAGCAGCAGGUUGCCCGAUGUUAGUACUAAUCCGGUGUCUGGUGAUGGUAUUUCGGUCGGUGAACGCGACGAUGCCGGCGACGACGAUUGUUCAGACACGGAGUCGUUCGUGACGGACAGCCUCAACACGAAACCGUCACCCCCGAUGCACUGCUGUACCGCCCACCACUUGACGCGAACCGGUGCCGGUCUCGAUCACCAUCAGCAGCUGCUGUUCGGCAGCGGCACUCCAAUGGCCGGCACCGUUGUCGAAAACCGGCCAUCGAUUGGAGCAUGCCACCGAUCCUCGGGGCAUGGUUUGAUGAACGGCACGGCCACGGAUUCGGUCAAAGAGGUAAAGUGGCCGCUGUGCGAGCAACAGCAGAGCAAGUGUCAUAGUGGUCCCGAAACUGACAUAGGAUCGUUCCACCGUUCGUCUUCGCCUCCGGCCUGCCAUCACCAGAUACGCGAGGAGAAUGCCUGGCACGUGUACCAAACGGCGGACUGUAAGGUGAUCCAGUCGAAGAUAGAGUACUACGAAACUACGUCCAUCCACCGGACUCCGGUGACCGCGGGAAGUCAGCAUCACCACCAUCACAACCAUCACAGCUACGCCGGAGCCGCCGGGGACCUCUUUGGGCCACUCGUUGAGCACGCUCCAAGUCCGGACUCGUUUCGGCACGGUCUGUCGACGGCCGACUCACUGGAAGCUGCCCAGCUCCAGCACCAGCAGCAGCUUAUGGCUAGCCUGCGUACGCCCGGUCGCACUGCUCGGUCCACGGUCAGCAGCAGUGUGGAGCCACCGAAAACUUCCGAAACAACGUGCAGUUCGUGCUGCUUCUGCAAUCCCGAGCUGCACCGGGCGACCGGCACCGGCAGCGUUCGGAUCGCGCCCGAAACGUGUUUCUACUGUCACGCGAAGUCACAAUCACCCCACAAGAGCUUUCCGGCGCCACCGACGCCGCCCAACAUACAGACCUCACCCGUUCCGCCCUCUCCCCAGACUCCGAUUGCGGAGCUGACGCCGACGCCUUCCUUGCCGGAGAUUACGCUCCCCGAAAAGCGAAAGCCGCUGGUGGCGGCGGACCCGCCGCACCAACGUUCAACCAGCAGAGAGCCUCGGACGGAUAGCCUUAAGGGAUCUACGGUCACUUCGACGACCGCCAAGUCGAUGGAGAGCAAUGGCGGAAGUGUAUUGGCGGAAGCGACCAAAAAGACUGAGCACACGAAACUCUCGAAAGCCAAAGCUUCCGACACAAUCAGCACACGGGGCAGCGUUAGGCCGAACGAGAAGCCGAAACGGUCGCAACCGCCGGUGCCACCAACCGGUGCUUCAGGUAGUUCCACCACUCAGACCGCCUCAUCGACCGGCACGAAUGGUAUCACGCCCAGCAUGCCCGACACGGGCCAAAAGUCGACGCCGAAGUUGGGGCGCAAAAAGUCGGAAGCGGUGUGUAGCGGCGUGCUAAACCGACCGAAGCACACAAACCAUCUGGUACGCGCCUCAACCGUGGUGCACUCGGUGCAGAAGGAGGUCAAGAAUGAGCUGAAGGCGCCGCUCAAGCUGCUCCCGAAGACGGCCAAGGAGAUGAGCAAUCGGAAGGAAAAGGAGCGCCAGAUCGGCCUCAGUCUGCCGCUCGGUACGGAGCAAAAGGCAGCGAAAACACGCACCACGAACGGCGGCUGCCAGAAGGGGGCGAUGGUACCAUCCGCGCCAUCGGUACCGGUUCCGGUGAUCCCGCCGAUGAUACAUUCCGUUACCGCCGUGAUGGUGGAUGAUCGAUGUGGAUCGGAUUCGCAGAGCUACGAUGAGGCGAGCAGUAGCGCGAGCAGCACACCGGACACCAGUCCCAACUCGAGCCCGUUGAAGAAGGCCAGCGGGUUGAACGUGCCGCCGGCCGCUGCCCGCUGGAAGACCAACAGUGAGCGGAACCUGUCUCAGCUGUCGAUCCAGAAGAUGGUCAGCGCCAGCAAGUGGGGCAACAAGUGGCGUAAGGGGACGCUCCGCACAACGAGCGACCGGCAGGACGAUGAGGAGGAACUGCAGCACGGGCGGGACAGGGCAACGGCCCUGAAAGGUGUGGCCGGCGGAAGUUGCAGUGAUCUCAGUCCGCUCAAGACCUUCACCGGCAGCGAAACGGUAGGGUCCGGUGGUGGUGUAGUACCAUCAGCGGACACAAUAACAACGGGUGGACCAAGCAUCAUCAAUGGCAUCACGCAAUCGGCCACCAACCAAGGCUGGACGGUGACGGUGGCGGGUAACUACAAUCCGGAAAUGGCGCCCGACGUCGAAAUGAGGUUAAGCUUCCCGAAGGGUAGUUCGACGACAGCGACAACGACGGCCAGCAAUGCCCUUACUGGCGGUGGUAGCGGAGGCAAAUCGCUGAUGAGCAGUUCGGCGGCAACCACAACCCAUCUACAACACGAUACCUCGAGCACAGGCUACCAACAGGCGCCGGGACGCCAUCGGCAGUACAUGGAGAAUGGUCACGGUGGAGCGCGAGGUCGCGAAAACUAUGGCGUUCUUGAGCAUGGCGAUGCCGGCUAUCUGGGUGGCGGUAGCAGAAACGCAUCCCGAGCGGCGGCACUUCCGCCACCGGUCGGGCUGAAUCCCAAGCGCAGUCUGACACGUUCCGACGGAACAGGAGCCGGUGGCGGCAGCAGCACCGCCAAGGACUAUCGUCUUCCAAAUGUUGGCCCAGCGCACAACGUUUUGGCAAGACCGACGGCGAAGAAGGCUAUCAAGACGGUGGAGUGUAGUGUCGUUGCUUCGGCAACCCGUACCAUCGCGAAUAACUACCACGAGCUAUCCCACCAGCAUCAGAUGGUACAGGAGGGCCAUCAUCUUCAGCAGCAUCCGCAGCAGGCGCAGCAGCAUCAUUUCAGUUCGCGCGGUCUAGCGGCCGGUCUCCGAUCGAACCGAUCGCGUCCGGUAAACGUUCCCCAGGCUUCAGCACAAAUACUCCACCCCACAUUGCAAAAUGGGAGCGGUGGGAAGUUUCUCUCUUCAUCAUCACCCUCACUAGUGUCGCAACAGCAGCAUCCUUCGCAGCGCAUGCACCAUCCUGAGCCACCAUACCAUCUAGAAGACUAUGGAAAUAACGUUUACUUCGGCCACCAACAACAGCAGCAUCAGCAGGCGCGCCGGAUGUCGCUGGAAAGUCAACACCCGGUCCAGCUGGGUUCGCCGGCGAUGGACUGCUUGUCGAUCAUGGGAAACGCGAUCGCACCGGAGCUGAAACCGAAAGUGCCGACCAUGAGCGAGAAAGACCUCACCCGAAGGCAUCACCCGUGCUACACACGUACCCAGCCUUACUUCUCCUAGAGACUGUCGCGACUCGUGGGCCGCGUUCCGAUCGGAACACCUGUCGCUCCGGACCGGGACUCAGCACAUUUGCAGUUCGGUCUUACACAAGACUCUCAAUCA